UUACACACUACAUUUCCCAUGCUGCUUAGCAAUAGGCUAAACAGACCCUUCCUACGGCGACCAUUUCCGUUACCCCUUUCUUCCUAGCUUUACCUUCCCUCCCGCUCUAAUAUACGGAAUCGACGCGGGUGUUAUGCAGAAAGCGGUGGUGAAGGUCUGGACUUUACCGCUUCAGGCUGCAGGCUGCCAGCCUCUCCAGUAUCUACCUAAUGGAGAAUGUGGCCAGUGGCCUCCCUGCUGGGGUAGUGGCUGCUGUAAUGAAACCCAGUGAGGGAUUGCCUGAAGGGAGCCUAACUGUACAGGGCUAUGACUUUGAUCGUGGACUGGACUAUCAUGCAUUGCUGCAGUCUUAUCUCACCACGGGUUUCCAGGCGACCAGCUUUGGGCAAGCUGUGAAUGAGAUCAAUCGCAUGAUAGAAGCAAAGCUGACACCGUUGACUGAGAGCGAUGGAAAUCACGCUGACCUGAAUCCCUGUUCUCGCCAUCUAACAGGCUGUACUAUCUUCCUGGGCUACACCUCCAACCUUAUCAGCUCAGGUGUUCGAGAGACCAUCCGCUACCUGGUGCAACACAACAUGGUGGAUGUUUUGGUGACUACAGCAGGUGGUGUGGAAGAAGAUCUGAUCAAAUGCUUGGCACCCACCUAUAUUGGAGAUUUCAGCUUGCGUGGGAAAGAGCUACGGCAGAAUGGGAUUAACAGGAUUGGAAAUCUGUUGGUGCCUAAUGACAAUUACUGCAAGUUUGAGGACUGGCUGAUGCCAAUCUUGGACCAGAUGGUGACAGAACAGGACACAGAGGGUGUGAAGUGGACUCCAUCAAAACUCAUUGCUCGCCUGGGCAAGGAAAUCAACAAUCCUGAAUCAGUCUAUUUCUGGGCACAGAAGAACAGCAUCCCUGUGUUGAGUCCAGCACUGACAGAUGGCUCUCUGGGAGACAUGAUUUUCUUCCACUCCUAUAAGAAGCCAGGCCUUGUUCUGGACAUUGUCGAAGAUCUGAGACUCAUCAACACCCAGGCUAUUUUUGCCCAGAAGACAGGGAUGAUCAUCUUGGGUGGAGGCCUUGUAAAGCACCACAUUGCCAAUGCCAAUCUGAUGAGAAAUGGUGCUGACUUUUCCGUAUACAUCAACACAGCACAGGAAUUUGAUGGGUCAGAUUCUGGAGCUCGGCCUGAUGAAGCAGUGUCCUGGGGAAAGAUCCGCAUGGAUGCCAAGCCUGUCAAGGUUUAUGCUGAUGCUUCUCUGGUUUUCCCUCUACUGGUUGCAGAGACCUUUGCACAGAAACCAAAUGCCUUUGCUCCAGAGAAGCUCAAUGACUAAGCUGGGGAUUGCUGCUUGGGACAUCUUGGCUGUCAGGAGCUGCCUGUACAUCUUCAUGACACUGGUGUUGCUGGCGGCUGCACUGCAACCAUUAGGAAUACCUGUUCAGGAGCAGGCAAGGUGUUUUCACUAUGAGACAAAGCUGCUUAUACCCUAUACUGGCUAGAGACUGUGCCUGAGUCAUGUGCUUGGAAGGCAGCUGUCUGUUCCUCCAUUGUCCUUGCAGUAGCAACCUAGGCUUUCAAGGAGCUUGCUGAGUGGAUUGAUGUCACUGUUUCUCCACUCGUUCUUCCUGCACAAAAACAUGGGAUGGAGAUUCUCAUUUGUGUUCUUGGCGCUGCAGUGUACUGUCUCUGCAACUGUGGAAUGCUCUCAAGAUUCUGGAGGUUAUUUUCCCCCCUGCCUUUUCGUAACUAGUCCAGAUUACAUCUUUCUGUUCAUGGUCUGUUCCCAAGAUUCCUCCGUUUAAUUAAGUCCCUUUUUAUUUGGUGUGUUUCCUGAGGAAUUGGCCUCAGGAAAACACAGCCUCCAAAUAAACUGUUGUGCCCUUUAAA